CUCAUAUCCAGCUCGGGCAGUCUGUUCUUCAGUCCCGGCCCCAAGAACCAGAAGCCCCUGAAGCAGCGUCUGGACUGUCCGGCCGGCUACUCCCAGCCGUACGAGCCCCCGACCUCUGUUCACCGGCUCCGGCCGGGGGACAUCCGGGUGGUGGGCGCCAUGGGCGACAGCCUGACCGCCGCCAACGGCGCCUUCUCGACCCUCAUCAUCGACGUGAAGCGCAACUACCGCGGCGUCUCGUGGAGCGGAGGCGCGAACGGCCACUACCUCACGACGUUCACACUGCCGAACGUGCUGAAGCACUUCUCGCACCACCUAGUAGGUGGUUCAACGGGUUCGGGAGGCCCUGAGACGCCUCAGUCUCAGUUCAACGUAGCCAAGGCGGGAGCCCUGCAUAUGGCAAUGCCUCGCCAGGCGCACGCUCUAGUCAACAGGAUGCGUCGAGAUCCGCGCAUCGACUUCCAGAACGACUGGAAGAUGGUGACGCUGAUGAUUGGCGGCAACAACUUGUGCAGCCACGUGUGUAUGCGGAAGAACUUUUGGCCGCACUCGCCUCACGGGCACGCCACCUUCAUCAAGGAGGCGCUGGACAUCCUGCAUGCCAACAUGCCGAGGACGUUCAUCAACCUCGUACCCGUCGUAGACGUAUCGGUGUUGAUGGACGUGAAGGGAAAGAACCUGCCGUGCCAGAUCGCCGACAAUGUCCUCUGCCCGUGCCUGUUCGGCAAGAAGAGGCUCGGCAAGCGGGCGAUGCGGCAUAUGGUCACCGGCUACCAGAACGCCGUCAUACAGCUGGUUGAAUCGGGUCGCUACGACACCCGGGAAGACUUCACGGUGGUCAUCCAGCCGUUCAACGUGGAGUCGAAGCUACCGAUGGUGGGCAGCCAGUUCGGGAUGCGAGCCGACCCGACCUUCAUGUCGGCCGACUGCUUCCACCUCAGUCAGCGCGGACACUCACUCAUGGCGCAGGCGCUGUGGAACAAUAUGCUGGAGCCGGUGGGCCACAAGUCGUGGGACUGGCGGAUAAUGGGCGGCCUGCGCUGCCCGACCGACAGCAAUCCGUUCUUCACCACACGAAUGAACCCCGACGGUCGGCGGUGACAGGUGGCGCUAGUGUAGCUAGAUGUCGCUACUGUCGGUGGUUGAGAUCCAGAGUCAGAGGCAGUGAGCCGGACUGGAGAUCGCAGGUCAGGAACAGAGCCACUGAACUUCAUCAGGAUCGCCGAGAAUCUGACGAUGGUCAAUCCAGUGAGGAGUGAAGCGAAUUAGCUCAGAAAUACCUCGACUGCCAACCACCCACCUCCUCAAGGCGCGGAAGAGCUGCCAAGUGGAGCCUCAGCUCAUCGAAAACCGCCGUCAGUCCAA